AUGGAAUAUCUUCAGUCUCCGCAGCCUGGCGGCCCUGGCGCCUGGAAGAAAACUUCAAAUGACGCUGACUUUGGAAAUUGGCUGAAUGUGGCCGGUAUUUUGGUUUCGGUCCUUCCGCCCGUCUUUCGGUCAAGCAUACUGGGGUCGGUCUGCAAAUUAUUCACCAACGAUGAGCCCUGUUUGGCCGACACCACGCUCUACCCGCAUGACCUUGUCACUCUGGUUAGCGACGUUUUCCAGCACCCCAGUGAGGGUGGGCUGGCAGCCAGAAACCUGCUACUGCAUGGUUUCCGUGCAGCCCGCUUUGCGGGACUUCCCGAUCUCACCUUCUUCCGUGCAGAUCCCUUUCUUCCUCCGACGCCGCCGCCUUCUCCCAGCAUGCCGGGUCACCGC